AUGGUGAAGUUGAUGUGUGUUUCCGUUUUAGCUCUCGCAGCGGCGAUUCUCUUGAUGACGGUGGUCGAAAUCCCGGUGGUGGAAGGAGUGACAUGCUCACCGAUGCAGCUGGCUUCAUGUGCGGCGGCGAUGACGUCAUCAUCGCCACCAUCGGCUUUGUGCUGCGCGAAGCUGAGAGAGCAGCAGCCAUGUCUUUGUGGGUACAUGAGGAACCCUAGCCUCCGACAAUUCGUUAGCUCCCCAAACGCCAAGAAAGUCUCAAACAGUUGUAGGAUUCCUUCCCCAAACUGUUAA